CCGGGGAUGCUGCUGGGUUGCUGAGGCGGGCGCGACCGGCGCGGAGGGGAGGUCGAGAGAGGGAGGGAAGAGAGACCCGGGGCGAGAGGGUCGCGGUGGUGGGCGGAGGCGAGGGAGGCAAGCGCCGGCUCGGGAGCCGGGGGCGGCCGCGGCGAAGGAGGAGGCGAAGGAGGAAGUCGACCCGGCGGGCUCCGGCUUGGCUCCUUCCCCAGCCGCGGAGAGGCGAUGGCGGAUAUUGACAAGCUCAACAUCGACAGCAUCAUCCAACGGCUGCUGGAGGUGAGAGGAUCCAAACCUGGUAAAAAUGUCCAACUUCAAGAGAAUGAAAUAAGAGGAUUGUGCUUGAAAUCUCGAGAGAUCUUCCUCAGUCAACCAAUUCUGUUAGAACUUGAAGCACCACUUAAAAUAUGUGGUGAUAUCCACGGACAAUACUACGACCUCCUGCGACUGUUUGAAUAUGGUGGUUUUCCACCGGAGAGCAACUACCUCUUUCUCGGGGACUACGUUGACCGAGGGAAGCAGUCCCUGGAGACAAUUUGCCUCUUGCUGGCCUACAAGAUAAAAUAUCCCGAGAACUUUUUCCUCUUAAGAGGCAACCACGAAUGUGCUAGCAUUAAUAGGAUUUAUGGGUUCUACGACGAAUGUAAACGAAGAUACAACAUCAAGCUGUGGAAAACCUUUACAGACUGCUUCAACUGCUUACCAAUUGCAGCCAUUGUGGACGAGAAAAUAUUUUGCUGCCAUGGAGGCUUAUCACCAGAUCUCCAGUCGAUGGAACAAAUCCGACGAAUUAUGCGGCCCACAGAUGUGCCAGACCAAGGCCUCCUUUGUGACCUGCUGUGGUCUGACCCCGAUAAGGAUGUGCUUGGAUGGGGCGAAAACGACCGAGGGGUGUCCUUCACAUUUGGAGCCGAAGUGGUGGCAAAGUUCCUUCAUAAACACGAUUUGGACCUUAUAUGCAGAGCUCAUCAGGUAGUUGAAGAUGGAUAUGAAUUCUUUGCAAAAAGGCAGCUGGUAACUCUGUUUUCUGCCCCCAAUUACUGUGGGGAGUUUGACAAUGCAGGUGCUAUGAUGAGUGUGGAUGAGACUCUAAUGUGCUCCUUUCAGAUCUUGAAGCCUGCGGAGAAAAAGAAGCCCAACGCUAGCCGACCUGUAACGCCACCCAGGGGUAUGAUCACAAAACAAGCAAAGAAAUAAGCAUUCUCGGGCCUGCCUGGUUGGGACUUGUACCAUAGUAUAUAAUCUUCAUUUUUUUAAAAAACAAAACAAAAACCGGUAAGGUGUGUCAGUCAGCUUGCUAAGACUAGACUUCAUGUGUUGUGGUUUUUCUUUCUGAUUCAUUUGGACGGAUGUAUUUGCUGGAUGUAGCAGCAAAUGAGACUUUCUCCCUUCGCAAGAAGAGUUUUAAAAAAAACAAAAAACUGGUCUUUGGAAAAAAAGAGGAAAAAAAACACAACACCAUUUUUUUGUUCUCGAUGUUCCGGCUGUACACUUCACAGCGCCUCUCCUGCCAUUCAUUCUGGGUAAUUGUGCAACUGACUCCUUGAAGCGGUGGAGACCAGGUGAUGUGCAAUGCCUGCUUUUUUAUUUUAGGAGCCAAGGAGGCACCAGCGUGCCGUGUGACUAGGAAACGUUAUGACGGUCAAAUCGCAUCCCGUUGAUACGGUUCACUUGUAAAAA